AUGAUUAUUUUUUCUCUAAACUUAAGAGGAGGAGGUAGUCGGGCCAAGAGGAAGAGAGUAGGUUAUCACAUACAAAAAGGAGACGUUGAUGUUUGUUUUAUACAAGAGACGAAACUAAGUGGAUUGGAGAGUAAUGUAGUGAAAGAAAUGUGGGGUGAUAAUCAAGUGGAGUGGUCUUUUUUGGAUGCUAAUGGUGCGUCGGGUGGCAUCCUCACUAUGUGGAAGAAGGAUUUUCUCAACCUUGUUUUUAGUUUUCGCGGUGAGGGAUUCUUAGGUCUUUGUGCGGAAAAGGAAGGUAAACUCAUUUACUUUGUGAAUGUUUAUGCUUCUUGUGAUGUGAACAUGAGGAAGAGAUCGUGGGAGAGGAUUUGUGAGUUCAAAAAUUGUAAUGUUAAGGGCUCGUGGUGCAUUGGAGGAGAUUUUAAUUCUAUUACAUCGGUAGAAGAAAGAGUUGGGAGUUCAAGUCAUAACUAUAGGAGGGAGAUAAUGGUUUUCAAAGAUUUCAUAGAGGAAAUGGAGUUGGUGGAUCUUCCUACGAUAGGAGGCAAGUUCACUUGGAUUAGAAGCAAUGGAAAGUCUAUGAGUAGGAUUGAUAGAUUUCUUCUAUCGGAUUGUUUCGUUGAGGAUUGGAAGGUGGAGGGACAAUACAUAGGCGAGAGGGAUGUGUCCGAUCACACGCCUAUUUGGUUGAAAGACAAUAGAAAGAAUUGGGGCCCAAAACCUUUCAAGUUCAAUAAUAUGUGGUUCAAACAUGAAGAUUUUGAUAUCUUUGUGAAGGAGGAAUGGGAGAAGUUAGUAGUCAAAGGAAGAGGUGAUUAUUGUUUGGUCGAAAAGUUGAAAACUCUUAAAAACCGGAUUGUUUGGUGGAACAAGAGUGUCUAUGGGUGGAUUGAUCUCAAAAUCAAUAGUGAUGCGACGGAGAUGCACUCUUUAGAUAACAUGUUUGUUCAUUUUGCAGGUAAUGUUCCGGAUGACGUAGUUACUAAAAGAUUUAAAGUAGCAGAGGAUUUUUGGGAUAACAUAAAUAAGCGGGAAGGUUUUCUUAGAUUGAAGUCGAGACAACUUUGGCUUUCCGAAGGUGACGACAACACUCGUUUUUUUCACAAUUCUUUAAAGGAAAGGAGAAGAAGGAAUGUCAUUUGUUCUAUUGAAGCUACGGAGGGAAGACUAGAGGGUGUUGAUGAAAUUAAAGAGCACACAUUCAAGCACUUUGAGAAGUUAUUCAAAGAAGAUUGUUUGUUAAGACCGGAACUUAGAGGGAUCAAUCUCAACACUUUGUCGUUGGAUGAAGCAUCGGCUUUAUAG